UUCUUUUAUUCAUAGUUAGCCAAAGUUGAUUUCUCUCCUUUCUUUGGUUACAGAACAGAGAUGGGUACUCGUGGGGAUGAUGAAGAAGAAGACUGUUUCUUCGACGCCCCUAAUGAUCAACAACAUGUUCCCCAGGAUUUUGGAUUUCAACUCUGGACCAAUGACCCCGACAGUGUUUCCAACCGACGCCGUAAGUUUCUCCAAUCCAUGGCCUUUAGUUUCGAUAAGGCUACAGAAGACUCCUCCUCCUCUGUCUCUGAAGAUGAACUUCAACCACCUUCUGUUUCGGUUUCUGAACUUGUCACCGUCCCUUCCGGUGACAAAUUAAAAGAGGAUGACUUGUUGUCAAGGAAUGAAUCCACUUCCUCCUCUGCUUUUGACCGAUCCUCUGUUUCUUCGUCCGAGGACACAGACGAUCAAUCCUUGUUCUUUUCCAGGAAGAGUGAAUCAUCCAGUUCAAGCAGUCUUCAAAACUCUCCAUCUACUCGUAGUGAUGAUUCUGUGAAGAAAGGUGCACAGUUCUGGUUAAAGAAGCUUGGUGUUUUGACGCACGUCCUUGACUCUCUAGAUUGUGAUUCAGCGCCAAAGCGAACUACAGCGUCUGUGCAGACAUAUAAAAAGCAGUUUAAAGAGCUUUCGUCUCUGUGUGUUGACCAAGAGUUUUCAGCGCAUGAUGGGUCCAUCUUGGUUAUGAAGUUUUCUCCUGAUGGAAAAUUUAUUGCGAGCGCUGGUGAAGACUGUGUUGUUAGAGUUUGGAGCAUAAACGAGGAAGAGAGAACAGAGGAGUAUCAAGUUCCUGUAGUUGAUUCUGGUGUUUACUUUGGGAUGAAUCAAUAUUCUCAGAUUGAGUCUUUGAAUAUUAAUAAUGAGAAAACAGAGAAGAAGAAGACAAGUAGUUUCUUGAGGAAGUCAUCGGACUCAACUUGUGUUGUGUUACCCUCUAAGAUCUUCAGUAUAUCUGAGAAGCCUCUUCAUGAGUUCAGAGGGCAUAGUGGUGAGAUCUUGGAUCUUUCCUGGUCUGACAAAGGGUAUCUCCUCUCAUCUUCUGUGGAUGAGAGUGUUCGUAUAUGGAGAGUAGGUUGUGAUGAAUGUCCCAAAAUUUUCCCUCAUAACAAUUUUGUGACUUGUGUGGCAUUUAACCCUGUGGAUGAUAAUUACUUCAUAAGCGGAUCCAUUGAUGGGAAAGUUCGAAUAUGGGAUGUGUCCCGUUGUCGAGUUGUUGACUACACUGAUAUAAGAGACAUUGUGACUGCUGUGUGCUAUCGUCCAGAUGCAAAGGCCGCUGUAAUAGGUUCCCUAACAGGGAAUUGUCGCUUUUACCAUAUACUCGAUAACCAGCUGCAAAUGGACAGAGAGGUUAACUUAUCACAUGGGAAGAAGAAGGUGCCGAGCAAAAGGAUCACUGGUCUUGAGUAUUUUCCCAAUGACUCGAACAAAGUGAUGGUUACCUGUGCUGACUCACAGAUUCGGAUCAUAUGUGGAGAGGAUGUUAUCUGCAAGCUUAAAGGUUAGUAUGGAUCAUACAGUGAGUGUUUUUGUUUAGUCUGCUUAGGAAUAAAGAUGUUUAAACUCUUGGCUUACUUCGUUUUGCAGCUUCUGGCCUCUGCACAACGUCUGCUUCGUUUACUUUAGACGGGAAACACAUCGUGUCAACAACAGAAGACUCUGGGAUUCAUGUGUGGAAUAGCUCCCAAUUACCGAGCAAAAAGCCAUCUUCUGGAAAGGUGAAAAGAGUCAAGUCAUAUGAGAGCUUUAUCUCACAGAAUGCGUCUGUGGCUAUCCCUUGGCUGAGACAAGCAAACAGGAACAGCUUGAGUGAUUGCAUCACAGAUUUGGACAAGAAGAUAGGGAAAAUGGACAGCUGCUUCUCCCCAAUGAAAGGAUCAACAACAUGGCCUGAAGAGCAGCUGGGUGAUGCUUCAACAACAAUGAGCAGUAGAGGGAAGAAGCUUAAGCUUCUGAAGAAUGCGUUGCAGCCUCACUUGUGGGGGCUUGUGAUCGUAACAGCGACUUGGGACGGAAGGAUCAGAGUAUUCAACAACUAUGGAUUGCCAAUUAGAGUCUAAAAGACGAGUGAGUAUAUGUUAGAUUAGGAUUCUUUUAUUUGUGUGAAGGCUAUUUAUACUUAUUAGUUUAGGCGUAUAAGAUUUGUAAACACAUUGCUGAGUGUGGUUCUGUACCUUUACUCUCAGCCCCAAAAUGUUAAUAGUAUAGUUCAGUAAUA